GAGGAAGGGAGGAGGGACAGAAGGAGAGAGAGAGGAGGAGGGACAGAGAGAGAGCGAUAGAGGGACAGAGAGAGUGAGAGAGAGGGAGGGACGGAGAGAGAGAGAGUGGCGAGAGGAACGGGAGCCCACUAAGCAGCAGGCAGCCUCCCUGCCAGGUCCUUUCUACCCACAGCUGCUUCUCCUCACAAACGUCCCGCUUAGAAACCACGUCUCCUGGAAGAAGAGGUCCUCAGGGGAAGAUGGAUUCUGACUCCGGAGAGCUGAGUGAAGGAGAACUCUCUCCAGGCCAAGAAAGCUUUAACUCCAAGAGCCUGGCCCUGCAAGCCCAGAAGAAGAUCUUGAGUAAAAUGGCCACCAUGGUGGUGGCCAAUCUGCUGACAGAUGACACCAGCAGUGAGAUCCUGGACGAGCUGUACAAGGUGAGCCGUGAAUACACCAAAAACAAGAAGGAGGCGCACAAGAUCAUCAAGGAUGUCAUCAAGAUCGCGCUCAAGAUCGGCAUCCUCUACCGCAACCAUCAGUUCAGUCCGGAAGAGCUGGAGACCGUGGACCGAUUCAAGAAGAAGAUGAAUCAAGCGGCCAUGACAGUCGUCAGUUUCCAUGAGGUGGACUACACCUUUGACCGGAACCUUCUCUCUGAGCUGCUACUGGAGUGCAAGGACCUUCUGCACGAGCUGGUGGAGCAUCACCUGACCACCCGCUCCCACGGUCGAAUCGAUCACGUCUUCAACCACUUUGCCGACCUGGAGUUCCUCACCGUCCUUUACAGCCCCUCCGAGGAAUACAGACUCUACCUUAGGAAGAUCUGCGAAGGCAUCAACAAACUUCUGGACGAGGGUGUGCUUUAACCAACAUAUUUCUUCUGUUCACACAUUUCCUGUUCAUAUUCGUGAGCUCAACAUUGUUUUAUAUAAUGUUCCCAACCAUUCAAUGAACCUCUAUUUUUUUAAAAGGGACAAGUGUGUUUUUCAUUUGUCACUGUACCUUGUGUAAAUUAGACAUUUUGUUGACAUUUCAGAAUUAGCCCAUUUGUGCUACUGGGAAAAGCCUUAUUGUAAAUGUUCUUGAACAGCAUUUUGUACACAUUGGCUUUCUGUUCAUUAUGUGCCAAGAUGAUACAGAAAUUAUGGUUCUCGUAAAUUACUUAAUCCUUGCAUCAAUUUCCAUUUGAAAUGUAGAUGAAUGGAGGUGUGGCUUCAUCAGACAGGCGCUGGUCCAGUGAAACCAUUAAUGGGGUAAACUUGAAUCAUGUGGCUACAAUCUUUACUAUACAGAGUAAAAAAACUAAAAAACUAAAAAAAAUGAAUAAUUAAGUGUGAAUUUGCCCUUUUCUCUGUUAUAUUUCUUGGUUUUAUGGAGUCCGGUAUGCAGCACCUUCCAUCAAUUAUAAAUUCCUUGCCAAAUUUGACAUGACUCGUGUUGCAGCACUGUAAGAGCCUUCCUCGUGCCAAUGUCGUGUCCUGUGAUUGUACCAAAUGAGUCAGAAACCUAAACAACCACAGCCCUCCUACUGGCAUGUGUGUGUAUGGAUGUGACUGUUACAAUACCCCCAUUAUACCAGAGUGUAUUGUCUUUUAUUAAAGAUUCCUCACAAACUUGA